AUGACUACAUACCAUUCAACACAAGACGAACAAUCGUCCAAUACAGAGGAGAGUAGCCAGGAUGCUGCCCCACGCCCUGUCUCUCCCAGUGAAGUACCUGCGGACGAUAGAGAAGCCACUCAAUUGGAACUGCAACCGUUGUUGGAUCCCGACGACCCGCGAGUAUCCCCCUUGAAAUUAGAAAGAAUACGAUUAUUAAAAGUUAUUGCCACGACAUUGGUCUACGUAAACUUGGUGCUUUUUGUGAUAUUAUUGGUAAGUCAGUUCUUUGCCAUCCCCGGAUUCAACAAUCGUGGUAAAUCGUUUUUGGGACUCGACUUGGCCUUAGUGAGUUUAUUUAUAAAUUUGACUACUAAUUGGUUCUUUGCUGUUCCUGCUUAUUAUGAGAGAAUAUUGGGGUAUAUCACGUCCGGGCUUUUACUUAUUGAUUUCAUUGUUGCGUUUCUCGUAUCGCCAAUCCGACAAAGUUUGGGGUUGUUAGAUUUAUCGCUAAUUGCCUGGGUGUGCCUCAAUUCUUUGUUUAAUUCUUUGAUUGGUUAUUGGGUUGAAGAAGGUAAACAUUAUCAGGAGAUUCGAUUAACUGGAAGAAUCGAAAAACGCAAAACCAUAAGUGAAUUAGUUAUCAUCUUUUUUAAGGUGUUGGGCGAGAUUAUUAUACUAUGGAUAGUCUGGUGUAUUAGUUUGACAUUGUGGAUAAACUGUUUUGACACCCACGAAAAGCCAUGGGGUAAAUUAGUUCCGGUUAACAAUAACCAAUUCAGAGUACACCUAGCAUGUUUUGGAGAUGUUCACGGCAAAUCUGAUCAGCCAAUUGUGCUUGUUGAAGGUGGGCAAUCAACGUCAAGCGAAGCUUUCCAAGAAUGGAUUGAAGAGUUGCACCACUUGAACAAAGUCGAACGGUACUGUAUCUGGGAUCGACCAGGCUAUGGAUUUUCCGAUUCGGCACCUCCGCCAGAAUCUUUAGGGAUUGUCACUGAAUACUUGAUGGAAGCAUUGAGAAAAGAAAAGAUCGAGGGGCCAUUUUCGGUGGUUGGAUUUGAUAUUGGCGGAUUGUAUGCGAGAAUGUUUGCCAGCAGAAAUCGAGCCAAGAUCCAGUCUAUCCUAUUUGUUGAUAGCUGGUCGCCUGAUUUGUUAAAGAAAUGGCCAUUUAGCGGCAGUGGCAGAAAAAAUGAGAGCACAAAAGUGUUUAAGAAAUCCUUAGAGGUGAUGGAUAAUAUAACAGGGUUUAAAUUAUGGUUACGAGGCUUUGUAUCGCCUUUGGGGGUCUUGCCAAACUUGCAUUGGUUCCUACACCCUAUGCGGUUUUCCAGCAAGAGCAGAAUAUUUGGCCGCGAUAUGGUGUAUCUGUCUAAAUAUAUCAGGGCUCGAUGCCAGGAACAAUUAGUUUCGGGUAUAUUAUCAUACAAUGAGAUUAUGGACGCAGAUAUAAAUGACUUGAAUGUAGGAGUCAUAUCAUCGGAUUUCAUGAUUAAAAAGCUGUUAAACUGGGGCAAGUGGCAAAAUGAAAUCAGUAAACUAAGUAGAAAAACAAGCGAGUGGGUAAUUGCUGAAAAUAGUGAUCACUUUAUCUGGAAUAGUCCAAAAGGUAGAAAGGAGUUACAACAGUUGUUAUUAAGAUUAAUAGGUGAACAAGAGUAUCUUAAGUAG